AUGGGAAUUUGGCCAUUGAAGAACUACAUUCCGAUAUUUCUCUUCUUUUUCAUAUAUCUUUCCAUUCAUUGUUCUUUAGCAAUCGCUGAAUUAUUUUGGGCUCCAAAAACUUUGGAGAAUGUCGUAUCGAACAUAGCAGAAAAUAUUGCCUCAACAAUGACACUUACGAAAAUUACAAUCACCAGAAUGAACAGAGAAGCAUUACGUAAAUUAUUCACAGAACUCGAGGAGUUUUCAUUGACUGAGAAAUACGAAACUAAAGAGGAAAAACUGACAUUCGUAAAUUAUACUAAAUUACCUCCAUAUUUUAUUAUAGUAAUUACCUCUUCAAUGACAGUGGCCGAAUUAUUGUAUUAUAUGAAUCGAGUUACCGAAGGAAUUCAAAUUGCUUUCAAAUUCAUCUCGAAUCAUAUUUCUCAUUAUGGCAUGAAUAUUUUUAUGAAAGGUGACUUGAAAAUAUACAGAAGAAAUGACAAAGUCGCAAUUGAUUUGAAAAGAAUUAAAAAAAAAAUUAUAUCUAACUCAAAGCAAAACAAUUCCAUGGGUUAUAAAUUGCCGUAUAGGACAUUAGAAAUCAUGGAUUUAAGGGACAGCAGGAUUUAUGCUUUGAUAUGCGCUUAUCAACUAAUACUCGUACCUGCUAUUAUAUUAGGUUACGUAGGAUUCGACUGCAUGUUCGUCAAUUUAUCCAUUCAAGUAAUUACACAGUUCUCCAUGUUAUCCUAUAAAGUGAAAUCAAUAAUAAAUAAUUCUAAAAAUUAUCGUGAUGGUAUGAAGAAACUUAUCUUACGACAUUAUCGAUUGAUAAGAUUGACGGAAACAUUGGAGGAUAACUUUAAUUUAACGAUUAUGCAGCAACUGUUUGGUACCACUAUUCAUAUCUGUCUUUCCGGUUACUACGUAUUGAUGCAAGCUUCUUUCGCUGUAUUUGCUGAUCAAGUUCGGCCACAUUCGUGCAAAAAUUAUCUUCUAGCAUGGCAAACUGAUAAACAAGCAGAUCAAUUUCCAUACCUAACGAUUAGUAAGGAAACGAAGGAUAACUUACAAUCGUUCCUGUUCUUUGUGUAUAUCUCUUCCGUUAUAUGCACUCUAUUUAUUUACUGUUUCAUCGGCGAGUGUUUUAUUCAGGAAAGUUCUAAUUAUGGUAAUGCCAUUUAUAAUUACGACUGGUAUAACUUACCGGUAACAGAAUCGAAAUUUUUUCUUAUUUGUAUGACACGUACGAAGAAGCCGCAAUUUUUAACAUCUGGCAAAUUUGCGGUCUUGUCCUUGUCCAUGUUCACGGACAUCCUCAAAACUUCAAUUGGAUAUUUAUCGGUACUGCGAACAUUUGUGUGA